AAUGUUGCCUUUAUUUUAUUUUUUGUCCUUUUUCUCAUUUUAUUUUCCUUGUUUUAUUAAUUUCUAUUCUUUUUACUUUUCUCGACUCAACAGAUAUUUAUUUCCGUCAACUCCCUCACAUUGCAAGCUAUCCAUCCCCCUCCCUUCUUUUUUGUACUUCCUUUGCUUUAAAGGAUCUUUUGUCAUUUUUUCCAGCUAAUUGCCACUUUUUCCAUUCGUACCCCAAAAAAGCCCCUUUUUUUCUUCGAUU